GCCUUUUGCUCAGACGCUGGUGUAGUAGUUGCCGACGAAAAUCGACAAAGUUUCUCAUUGAGCUCGUCGUCUCUCCCUCCAUCUCUUCCGCUGUUUCGAGUUCCAAGCUAGAAGACAUCAUGGAUCCCGCAGAAAUGAGAUACUUGGAAGAGGAGGAUAGCCCAAUGGUGAAGACCUUUAAGGGUGCCAUUACGGGUCUGGCCGCUGGGACUCUUUACGGAACUGUGGUGGCAACUUGGAAAGACGUUCCUCGUGUUGAGAGGAACGUAGCUCUUCCAGGGCUCAUCAGGACGCUGAAGAUGAUGGGAAAUCACGGGUUGACAUUUGCUGCAAUCGGGGGCGUUUACAUUGGUGUUGAACAGCUGGUGCAGCACUUUCGGAUGAAGCGGGAUUUUGUCAAUGGUGCUGUCGGUGGUUUCGUGGCUGGCGCUUCAGUUCUUGGCUUUAGAGCGAGGAGCAUCCCGACAGCAAUCUCGGCUGGAGCAGCGCUUGCGGUCACCUCUGCUUUGAUCGAUUCGGGAGGCCAGACCACCAGAGUAGACAACGGCAGAGAAUACUAUCCGUACACCGUCGAGAAAAGAGCUGGAGCCGAUUCUUGAUUUUAACCUCGGAGGAGACAAGAAAGCUCUUCCGGGGAAGAAUUCGGCUUCUGAAGCGGUAGAAGUUCACUCUUGAGAUCUCUUUUCAAUGUUUUUUUUUUUUCUGUUUCAGGAGAUGUGAAAUCAUCAGACUCUUCACUCUUGGUUUCUUCCUGUUGCUGAAGUUCAAUCCUUUGUCGGAUAAUCCUACAAUAAAAAAUCUCUUGACGUA